ACCGCGUUCCUACAGCGUGACUGUGGCAGAGAAUCAUGUUCAUUAAAAUCUGCAGAAGCUUCUCCUUCCCCAUAUAGCUUAACCCCUCACCUCCUUCCCCACAUUCCCUUCGAACUCAACAAUGGCGCUCGAUGACCAUGCCAAUCCCAAUUCCCAUCCCUUCGACGCCAAAGGCUACGCUCUCACCACCAACAUCCUCCUCACCAUCACCUUCUUCUUGUUGUUCCUCAUCAUCCUACUGAUUUUCCUUCACUUCUACGCCCGCUGGUACCUCCGCCGUGCCCGCCUCCGUCACCGCCAGCGCCGCCGUUCAUAUCUUGUCUUCUACGUCGACGACUCCGUCCCCUCUGACGCCCCAACAUCCGUCGGUCUUGACCCCUCAGUGAUUCAGUCUCUUCCUGUCUUCAUUUAUUCCGCCCACUCCGACCCAGUGGAAUGCGCUGUGUGCUUGUCCGAUUUCGAAGAGAACGAAUCGGGUAGGGUUUUGCCCAGAUGCAGCCACACUUUUCACGUCGAAUGCAUCGACAUGUGGUUCCAGUCUCACUCGACCUGCCCUCUCUGUAGAUCUUUGGUUGAACCUGUUGGUGAUCAAUGUGUGCGAACAGGGUUCGAGUUCAGGAUGUCGUCAGGAUGGACAAGAAGAUAACCGAAGCGGCCGGACGCUCUGUUCUUCGUCGUCUUCAGUUGGGUUGAGGCGGAAGCCGUCGUCCGUUGGUGUAGCAAUUGAGG